AGCAAGCUUUGCACAUAAGGGGAAGGAAAGAGAACGACGCUACCCGAGAAGACACGAAGUACCCCUUAGGAUCUGCGAAAGCCCCGCUCGAUGCCAGAUCCAACAGGUAGAUGAAGUAACACAAACGCAACAUCCAGUUGCUCCGUCAUAUUCAUUCUUUUCCUUUCUCCCCGUGCUUGCAGUCAGAUUCCAAUUUCGACGGCAAAUCUCCGCUCCAGUCAAAUCCAAAUCGGCCUAGCCCCUGGUGCCAAACGCACCCGGCGUUCUGGGCCGAACAUUGUGCACGGGCCGUCGUUCACCCCACAAUCGAAAGUUCACAGAUGAAGAUUAAAGCUACCCCUGACGCUUGUUUCAGCCUCCAUGGAUAAUUUUCGAAAAUCUAACCUCCCGAGUUUGCUGAACAUACUGGAACGUUCUCAUCGUCACUGCCGUUGGUCGAUUGAAUCGUCAGGAUGCCGAUUCGUGUCAAGUCACGCCGUCCGGUCUCUCAAGGAGACCGUGGUGUCUCGCCUCAUUGGGUUCACUACGACUCAGAGCUCCCUGAUAUCAGCCACGACGAUACUUUUCGUGAGGUGGUGAAGAAGCUGUCUAUAUAUAUCGCCGAUGUGGUGUACCUUCCAAGUACUUUCGAGCAACUCCGGACCACGGUGGCUGGCGACUGUCUCCGAACUCUGGUCGACCAUAUUAGCGCCAAAGUCACCAAUCCAGCCAUCGUGAAUGCUCUGCUGGCACUUCGCUGGCAUUACGGUACUGCUUCCGAUGACAAGGGCACCGGCGAAGCACGUGCAAACGCCUGCGAGAUUGUGGCAUGGCGGUUCCUCACCCGUCUGUCGGAGCGAGAGGCGGUGGAAUUCUGCCUAUACGAGAUCCCAGAACCGAAUGAUGGUAUGAAUGGGAAUCGAGAUGACCUGGAAGCACAUCCGGAACAAUGUGAAAGUGAUGAAAGCACAGCCCUGCUUGGCAGUCCCUCAAUACCGCCCAUGGAUGAACGUGCCGACUGUCAUCGCACAGGUACACAGAAACGCAGCCAGCUACUUCAGUCCCUGUCGAAGCUUACGAUGAGCAUGUACGCGGACUCGGACGACGAAGUGGACGAGAACGAUCCCACAGCCCCAUUCAUCAACUUGAAUGCGCUUGAGAUUGCUGCCAUCGCCGAUGCCAAAAGAUUCCUCAGUCAACAUGUGGUGCAGAAGAUUAUCACCGGAAUCUGGAGCGGUGAGAUCAUGUUUUGGGAUCGCCUGUCAGUUCACUCGGAGAAGAAACCCAGGUUCUACAAUGCGCACACGGCCGACCCGUUCUCCCGACUCCGAGUUCCCAAGUAUCUCAAAGCAUACGAGGUCAUGUUCUUUGGGACAUUCCUAUUUCUGUAUUAUGCCGUCCUGAUUGAGCAGAACCGUUACGCCAUCACGCCGUUGGAGAUCUUGCUGUACAUCUGGUUCGCCGCAUUCUUCUAUGAUGAGGUCAGUGAAUACAUCGACGCAGGCUCCAUCUUCUACGCGGCCGACGUGUGGAAUCUAUUUGACAUGAUUAUGAUCGCGAUUGGGAUCGUGUUUGCAGCCAUGAGAUUCGUCGGGCUGUACAGCGAAGACUACACGCUGGUCGAUAUCGCCUUUGAUGUGCUGUCAUUAGAAGCACUUUUUAUGGUGCCAAGGAUAUGCUCCAUCCUCAGCUUGAGCCCGUACUGGGGCACGUUGAUUCCUUGUCUCAAAGAAAUGGGCAAAGACUUCGUCAAGUUCAUGGUACUGGUCGUCAUUCUGUACUUGGGAUUCUUGACGACAUUCUCCCUCGUUGGCAGGGAGACAUUCACCUUCCCGCACAUGGCCAUGAUCGUAACGAAGAUUUUCUUCGGGUCAUCCUACGUUGGUUUCGACAUCAUGGAAGACAUCGAUCCAAUCUUUGGACCACCGUUGAUGUUGAUCUUCGUCACAUUGAGUUCAAUCUUGCUGAUGGGCUCCCUGACGGGUAUGCUCAGCAACAGCUUCUCCCGUGUUAUCUCUCACGCCCGGGAGGAGUACCUCUACGUUUACAGUGUGUAUGUGCUGGAAGCCUCGACUAGUAACCGGCUCACGCAUUUCUACCCACCGUUCAAUCUUCUGGCCCUCGUCAUCUUCCGACCACUCCGCCUCUUCCUCCCCUCAAACGAUAAGUUCCGUCGUGCGAGAAUCAUCCUGCUCAAGGCGACCCAUGCCCCCGUAGUGGGGGCCAUCAAGCUGUACGAGCUGAUCACUUCCAAAUGGGCACCAAACGACGGGUUCGACACGUUCCGUGGCCCACGCCGUGGCACCAUGAAAGGAAACUCAAUGCACCCGCCAGCGGUGGGAUCUCGCCGACCGGACAUUCCUUCCGCGCGCCCUAGAAGCCAGGACGUCAUUCAGAAGCCGUCGUCAACGCCGGCUCGGUCGCAGGUGACGGAGGAUGAUGCAACGGACGCCCCUAGCAAUGUUGAGGUCCGCAUCUCGGAGCUUUCGAACAAGAUUGAUAGGCUCACGGCCCUGGUGACUUCGAUGCAGUCGGGGGCUGGUACCGAGACGGUCCGUUCAUAGGCUCUCGUGUAGCCUGGCGAUCCUUCAUGCCGCGUCGAACGGGUCCCCAACACUAGCUGCUCCGAGGGACUAUGAGUAGCUGGACUGCUUUCGCCCGUACUCCCAUUGGAACGAUGAGAAAUUUAGUAAAGCAUUUGGCGUAUGGCUUCAACGAAGAAAUCUAACUGGACAAAAGGAAAAUAAAUAUUUUGAUCUCGUGAGGUACACAAGUCUUGUAAUACUAAAUGAGAUGAUAACAACGAGUCCAACGUGUGAGCCUGUCCCUUGGCCGAGCCGUGUAUGAAAUAACAGCAUCUGACACCCAAGCACCGCAUCUUCUAAUCCAAGAAGCUGAGUAGAUCAUAAGCUUUUAGGUACUUUACUUACUGUACUAUGGCAGCUACCAAGUCGAGUGUUCG